AUGCCGGCCGAGGUCUUUGUCGCACCCGUCGACUCGCCCUCAUCCUCAUCGAGCAACUACAACAACAACAAUAAUAGCAACGCCCGCCUCACGUCGCCCACGCCAUCCUACCUCUCCGCCUUUCCACACCGGCCCACGCAGCCAACGCUCACCACCGCCUUGCACCGCUCCCACUCACACGUCGACUCGCUCGCCUCGAACCCAUCCUCUCCGCCAAACGCGCAGCGAUCGAACUCGAACGCACCCGCCCAUGUCCAAUCCUAUGCCUCCGGCAGAGGCGGCAGGCUUGCCUCACCCUCCGCAGCCGCAGCCAGCGCCACUGACUCGGAGCCCGCCACGCUCUUCUACCGCCGCAUCCUGUUUGCAGACCUACCCUCCGACCAGCCGGUGCCCGCCCUGACCGGCGAAAAGGCCCUCGACGACCAGAUCUACCUCCUUCUCGCCUACCUCCUCCGCGCCACCGUGCUGCCCUGGUACUCGAAGCUCACGCCCAACCGUCAGCUUCUCACCGAAAUCGUCGCCAUCAUCCGCCACGUUGUCGAUCAGAUCGGUCCACGGCUCAGUGUUCAGCCCGCAGCGCAGCGGCCGUCGCGGGCCCGGGCGGCAGCCUCGCCGCCUUUCGCCCUCGAGCGCUACCGCCUCCACGCUCUUGUCGGCAGAGAGCUGCCGCUGGUACUGAGACAGCACUACCUCGAGGUUCGCGCCGCCAGGAGAAAGGCCGACACCGCGUGGGCACCUCUCGUCACUGCAUCGCACUCGUCCAAAGCAGGCUACGACCUUUCGGAUGACAUUGCAGCGUCGACAGCCUCCCUCAGCCGCCACCUUCCCGCCACGGCGCUCGAUCCUUACGACGACGACGCCGACGGCACAGACCACGACACAGAGUCGGAGCCUACGGCCUCGUCCGCCCGCAUCGCCCAGCUGCAUGGCUUUCUCUGCCCGCAUCCCGGCGUCGACAGCCUGCAUUCGGUCGAGGGACGGCUGGAUCCAAGCUACCUGAGGAUCGCCGUAUCCUCGCUGCUCGGGUCCUUGCUCCCGCCCGAGGAGUGGGCCGUCCAGACGGAGCGAUACAUUGUGCGCGACGUCACCGUCAUGGCGCUGCGCAACAGCCUCGGCAAGUGCAGCCGGCCCUGGUUCCUGGUGCAGAGCAUCCACAAGGUGCUCGACGUGCUGCGCUGGCCCGAGGACAGCAGCGGCGCUCAGGCCGAUGGCCGCAAGCGGAGAGACCGCGACAUCGUAGCAGCAGGUGCUGGGGCGACCAGUAACGCGCGCACCACCCCGACGCCGCUGGAACACGUCGUUGGCCUCGCGAUCCGCCUCUGGUCGCUGCUAACGAUCCUCUGCACCAUGGUCCUGCCCUACGUGGUGCGAGCCUACUUUGACCUCUUUGACCCUCACGCCGGUCCCGCUCGCCACGCCCGCGGCCACGGCUCCCAGGGCGCUUCCGAAGACCUCCUGGCGUCGUCGUCGCCUUCAUCGAGGUCGCAGGGCGCAAAGCGACGAGAGCCCAGCCUGAGGCCAGAGAGAACGAUGCACGGACGCUAUCCUUCCGCCUCGGUCGGCAGCGGUUUCCUCCUUGGCGGCGGCGGCGGCGGCGGGGCUGGCAGACGAGGAGGGAGGGCAUUCGAAGAAUCCAGCCCUCCCUCCUCGACACCCGUCGAAGCGGGCGGUAGCGGUGCCUCGGCUCGGACCAAGGCCGGGUUCACUGCGGCCGCCGCCUCCGCUGCCAUGGCCGAGUACGCGGUGCCGUGGCUCCAGCUGCUCGAAGAGGUGACUGAGGCGCGCACGCGGAUGCUGAGCAGCGCCCUCUUUAGCCUGCUCAAGAUGGGCGUCGGCUUCGCCGGUUUCGGCCAGACGAUUGACAGGAUCGUCACGGCCCGAGUCAAUGCGACGCUCGACGACACGGCGGCGCUGAGCGACGUGGUGGCCAACCUGCGCAGAGGCAUGAUGCCCGACGGCCACCUCCCUCCUCCCGUCGCCGAUCCCACGCCCGAGGUCCAGGCGGCCGAGUGGCGACGCCUUCGACGCCGCCUUUUGCAGGGCAUGCAUCCCAAGGUGCGUCUGGUGCUCCUCGGACCGGACUGGUCUCGCCAGUACGACGGCAUGACGCGCUGGCUCUCGCCGCUGUGCGCGCCCGACGCCGCGGGCCCCAAUACCCACCUGGCCGUCAUGGUCCUGGAGCGCGUCAUAGUCAUGCUCUGCCCGGACCUCGUCGAGGCUUGA